ACACGCCAUCUCAAAUCCCUUUUUCUAAGAAAUUUCCUCUACCCAUACCCACUUCUCUUCAUAAAAUCUUCUCUCUAGCUCUUAAUCUUCUCGUACCACCCACAAAAUUUUCAGACAUAUAUACUUCUCUCCAGUGUUAAAGCCUGUCUUUUGAACUACGGGUUGAUUAAUAGUAGAUUUGUGUUAGAUAUGGAGAACAAUCAAUCUUUUUGGCAGUUCAGUGAUGAGCUUAGGCUUCAUACCAACAAUUUGGCAAACCUUUCGCUCAACGACUCGAUAUGGAGCAACUCUUAUGUGUCAAAAAGGCCUGAAGAGAGGCGGAACUUCGAUGUCAGAGUCGGCGGUGAGGUCAACUCUCUUAAUUCGGUGAGUUCUGUGAAUAAUUUGAAGCAAGAUUUUAAUGGGUUUAACGAUAGUUGGAAGAUUGGAAUCGGGUCAACCGGAAUUGGAUCGAUCGGAGAAGGGGUUAAUUCGACUCAGAAUAUGGUUGGAGCCGGGCUAAAUGGUGGGUUUAACAAAGGGAUUUAUUCCAGUCCUUCGGUGAAUAUGAAUUACCACAGUAAGGGUAAUAACAAUGUUCUGAUGAAUGGUAAGGGGAAAUGGAACCUUAAAGGUGAGGAUGAGCAUGGCUAUGGGCCUAAAAGUUGGAAGAAGAACAAGAAUAAUAAGGAUAGCAAUAACGAUAACAAUAGUGAGAAUGGUAAUAAGAACGGUGUGGAUAAGAGAUUCAAGACACUUCCACCAUCAGAAUCUCUGCCUAGAAACGAGACCGUUGGUGGGUAUAUCUUUGUAUGCAACAACGACACCAUGGAAGAGAAUCUCAAGAGGCAGCUCUUUGGUUUGCCUCCUCGCUACAGAGAUUCAGUUCGGGCAAUAACACCAGGAUUGCCAAUUUUCCUAUACAACUACUCCACUCACCAACUCCAUGGAAUUUUCGAGGCUGCAAGCUUUGGAGGAACAAACAUUGAUCCAACAGCCUGGGAGGAUAAAAAGAACCCCGGAGAAUCACGAUACCCAGCUCAGGUGCGAGUUAUGACAAGGAAAGUUUGCGAGCCUUUGGAAGAGGACUCAUUUAGGCCAAUUCUCCAUCACUAUGAUGGUCCCAAGUUUCGACUUGAGCUAAACAUUCCAGAGGCUCUAUCACUGUUGGAUAUCUUUGCAGAAAACAAUUCUUGAACAACAUGCCAUACCGGCGCACGCAUAAACAUACAAUACACUGAAGGAAAAGAUGUUGUUCGGCAAGAAUAUAUGUAUGAAGAGUUUUGAAAGAGGAAGAAUAAGGAAGGGUUUUGUACGUGCAGCCCGUGUGAUGUAUUAUGGAGGCUGUUGUAGUCUCUUCGAGCUUCGUCUUAGCGUAAAUAUAUCUAUAAAUAUAAAGUAUGGGAAAAUAUAAUUUUAUUUCUUGUGGCUUCAGUAUGUAUUUGAGAGAGCUGGAUGGAAGAUCUGAUUUAGAGUUAUGCUUAUCAGAGAGAAACUUUAAGACUCUUCUUUUGCUUGUGAAGCUGUGGGAAAGUAUUGCUAUCCUAGUAUAAUGGUUUGUAGUUGAAAUGGGAUCAACUCUAUAACAGCUUGUAAAAAUAAAAUGCUCUUGAGCUUAAUAUUGUGGUUUUGUGAUAAUGAAAAAAACUCAAUAUUGUGGUUUCAUAGAAAUUCUGAUUUCAUUUGAUUUAUGGUUCCAUCUCUACAGAUGAAAAUUUCUUACAGAAUAGUGUGGGGAAGAGGGUUAGGAUGUAUUCCUUAGAUAAUACCAAG